AUGUAUAAGACGAGUGAGCUGUCGGAACUUGAAAACAAACUUCACAUCUUUCUUUUCUAUCGCACCGAAUACUUUCAAGUCAUCAGCAUGUUGUCUGUUUCCAGACUAGCGUACUUGGUGUCCGUGCUGGCGGCCACUGCGCGGUCGAGCAUCAUCGUUAUGAAUUGCAACCAAGGAACACAAAGUCAAGAUGUUGACAACGCCAUCAAGGACGUCGCAGAAGUUGCGAGAGUUGCUGCUGCGGCUCUCGUGUCCGGCAAGAUCAAUGGCAAAGAUGAUGUGUUCGCCGCGGCCUAUGAUCCUCUAAUAGAGAACCACAUCCGUUACCACAAAGAUGACCCGAAAAGUUACUGGGAGGACAGAGACUACUACAGCAGAGCCAAUGGCAAGAUGAUGCCUAUUGGGGUUGCAAGAAACUCAAAGGACAAACCUGGCGUGAAGGGAUCCUAUACCACUCUCGGCUACAAGGCUAACGACGCAUACGACACCUCCGGCAUGGCGCAUAUCUUCCUCCACCCACGGCGCCUGAGCCCACCAGCUGGGACCGAUAGAGACCUGCGCCGCUACCCCGACAUCGUCAAAGACGGUCUCGACGGCAAGCAUAACAAGAUUGAGGACAUCAAGCCCUUGGCACAGACUCUGCUGCAUGAAUUGAUACACGCCGUUGGCGGCUUGGGCCCUCCAGACCCAGUCAACAAGAAGCGAGACAUGGCCAUCCAUGAUGGGCCGAGCGGUAGCCCAAAGGUAUAUGGUUGGGCAGCUUGCAAUGCACGCAGGACGAGAAACGAGAAGAACAAUGAUAUUGCUGAUUGUAUCACCUUUUUGGCGCAGGCAAUCUAUCUCCAGAUUCAGGGUAAAGAUACGUUCUGGACGACAGGGGAGAUAGACCCUAAGACUUUGCGCCCUAAGCAAAAUCCCUAG